AUGGUUUUGGCAACAACGAUAUCGAGGGCGAUGGACGAACUUCGGACCGAUCGGACGAGGCAGCUGAGUAUGCAUUUCCUGCUAUGGACAAGUGAACUGAGGUGGACUCGCGAGCGGGAAGUGAAUAAAUCGAUCGUCUUAGGUGACUGUGAACUGUUAAGUGCCAGUGUAGUGAAAAUCUUAAAAACUGAACAACAUCAGUACUCCCGGUUCAAAGAGCCGCACCACACCAGCGAAAGUAGUUUCAUCACGACGUCGAGAAGUGGAUCGAAGGACACCGAGGAUAAAUACCAAUCUGUGCUAGGAGCCAUAGCCUCUCGGUACGAGCUUUUCAACGGUUCGUUCCACUGGUUAAUAAUUGAUAAAAAACCAAACAUCAACAACGCCACAAGCGCCACCGAUGCAACCGCCGAAACGAUAGCACUGGCCGCAUCCGACCCGGAACGAUGGACGCGGGAGUACCGAUUACGGUCCGAACACGGCCCAAUCCGCCGUACGGUCAACACUUGCCCAUUGGAAAAUUGUACAAAGCCAUCGAACCCUCGCGGUGAACAUUAUGGUUCAAGUAUGGGACGCUUGGACCGUGAGCUCGAUGCUGCCGCCGAUGAUGACGAUGACGGUAAUGAUGGUGAUGUUGGUCCUGCUGCUGCUGCUUGUGAUUAUUACUAUGCUGGUCCGGCUGAUGGCGAUGUUGUUGAUGAAACUUUCGGUCGGUUCCAAACAAUGAACAUCAGUAUCAACGCGGAAAUUACGUUGGUAAAAGCAUUGGAGGCAGAUGCAUCCUAUCGGACCUUUGCGCUAUUCGAUAUAUGGAACCCAGGCUUCAUUAGUGGAGGUCAGCUGAACGUAACCGCCAUGGGAAAUUACACCGCGGAUCAAGCCUGUGGCGGAAACGAUGUUGGCGAUGCUGGGCUGCUGUACGUGCGUUUUCGGGACAGCACCGUUGUGCGCCGUAGAAACAUGAACGGGCUUAGGCUGAAGAUUAUGACCGUUGUAACGCAGAAGCCACGGGAGCCAUUUGAAGAGUACCUGUCGACGCCGAAAAAUACACACCUGGACUCGGUGCAUCGGUACAACUUCGGGUUGAUGAGCUAUUUGAAAAACUAUUUCAAUUUCAGCUUCAUUAUGAGACGAACCAAGAGCUGGGGCUAUCUGCGGAAUGGGACUUUUGACGGCAUGAUUGGCGCACUGGCCAGGCGGGAAGUCGAUCUCGGAGGGUCGCCGAUGUUCUUCCGACAGGAGCGGCACCGGGUGGUCAGCUACACGACCCGUUCGUUCAUAGAAAGACCGUGCUUCAUUUUCCGACAUCCAAGACGGCAGAGUACGGUGCGGAACCUUUUUCUGCUACCUUUCGAAACUGAGAUCUGGUACAUGAUGGUGGUUUGCGGCGCGAUUCUGGUUAUCGUUCUAUUCUCCAGCUUCUACUUCGAAGAUUCAGGCUUUGUUCGCAGAGGAAAAAGUUCGAUACACACUAACAAGUUUGGAUCUUUGAAAAUUGAGGAUGACGAAAGUUAUUACGGAGAUAGUUUUCAUCUCAAUGGCAAUGGCAGUAUCGGAAGGCGGCUUUCCGAGUCACAACAUCUGCAGCACUAUCGCGAUGGCACAAAGGAAAAUGUUCUUUUUAAUGACACAAAUAAAAGUAACAACGAUGAUCCUCGCCAUCAUCAUCAGCAGCAACGCCACCGUCGCUUUCGAAGUCUUGAGAAGUGCAAUCUUCAACGGCGGAAAACACUGAGCCGGAGGCAUCUUUUCAGUCGGCAACGUCAACAGCUAUGGCAAGCUCAGACAGCGGCAUGUGCAAAUAACAGUAGCGAAAGCGCCAACAUCAAAACGGCUGCUGCAGCGGAAACCGGCGCUGGCGGAAUCCUGCAACAAAGAGUGCACUUUUUCCAGCAUCCAUUCGCCGACAAGGGCGGCAAAGGCAGCGACAAUCGCGUUGAUGUCGUCGGUGCCAUGCAGGAUGCGCGUCAAAGCGGUUCCGCGAACUGCAAUUAUGAAGCGGAAAAAUUAUCGAAAAGCAUUUUGCUUUUCCUCGGAGGUGUCUGUCAACAAGGUCUGUCGGAGAUACCUCGCCUGGCGUCUGGAAAAUGCACGUCGAUGUUCAUCCUAGUUUUCGGUUAUCUCAUGUUCCAGUACUACUCGGCCAGUAUAGUUGGAUCGCUUCUCAUGGAACCACCUAAACACAUUCGAACUAUUCGGAACCUUAUCGACAGCCGGCUCACUUUGGGCAUCGAAGAUAUCCCGUACACCAGGGAUUACUUUGUGCGCACCACCGACGAGGACUCGCUCGAACUGUUCCGUACCCGGGUGAGCUUCCAAAACAGGAAAACCGGACAGAACGAAUCGCACUUUCUAAAUGCAGCCGACGGGUUGAGCCUGGUGAAAGCCGGCGGAUACGCGUUCCACGUGGCCGUUUCGGCCGGCUACAGAAUCAUACGGGAAACGUUCAGCGAACGGGAAGUUUGCGAAUUGGCCGAAAUUGACAUGUUUCCCAAGUCGGCCCAGUGGAUGGUGGCAAUCGUGCAGAAAAAUUCCCCCUACCGGGAUGUCAUAACGUACGGAUUACGACGCCUGAAUGAAGCCGGCAUAAUGGACCACCAGAGACACGUUUGGCAGGAACCGAAGCCAAAAUGUGUGCGCAAAAUGGCACCGACCGAUCUGAUUGUUGGCAUGGAGAGUGUUUAUUCGGCGUUUAUCUUGCUGCUGGCCGGGGCACUCGUGUCCAUUGGCUUACUGCUGAUUGAGAUGCUGCAUCAUCAGUUGCGACUGGCGAAAAACUGCCCGCCAUCGGAAUACCAAGAGCAAUAUCAUCAUCAUCAUCAUCAUCGCCAAUUCAAUGUUGGGAAUUUACCGCAGCACCAGCAGCUACAACUACAACAAGGACAAAAACCAGCGCAGCGCUGGGAUCACGACUUGAUGGAAACCACCAAAGAAGCAGGUUUAAACGAGAAAAUAAUAUCUUUUGUUAGUGAGCAUCCCGUUCUUUAUGACAAAGGUUCACGGUCGUAUAAGAACAAUUCAGCACGGAAUAAAUUAUGGGCUGAAUUGGCAAACUCAUUGGAAAUGGAUGUAAAAGCAUUGACAACAAGGUGGAGGACGCUUCGUGAUCGGUAUGCAAAGGAGCGUCGAGAGAUAGAAGUUUCGCAAAGAUCAGGAGCAGAGCCUACGGAUUAUACUCCUUGGGAAUAUUCGGACCAGAUGGAAUUUUUGAAGGACCAUGUUAGUCGAAGAGCAACUACCAGCAAUUACGAUACCGGCACAAAGGAGCUGGCGAACAUGGUAGAAGAAUACCUAGAGGUAGAAGAAAGUACACCAGAACCACCGCGAAGCUCGAUGUCCAAGAAAUGCAAGGCGGAUGUUCUGGAUGAUAAAAUGUCUGCGGUCUUAGACCGUUUUAUGGACGAACAAACUCAACUGCGGCAUACUCAUUUCGCGCAGCUGAUGAAUGCAAAGCUAUCAGCCAUGCCGAUCGAUAAGGCUAAUCGUUUGGAAGCCGUUAUUCUAAACAUCUUGUAUACGGUUGAAGAAGACUAA